AUGGGUGCAGCGGCUUCAGGUGUGCAGACCCAAAUGCAAGCUGAACACGAUCCAAAUGCGGCAUUUCCAUGGUGGGUGCGGUUUUUGGCUAAAGGACUUGGUGUUUUCGGUGGAUUUGUUGCGAUCUUUUUCGCGGUGCUUGGAUUUAUUUCAUUCUCAGCUACGUGUAUUAUCGCUGUUUUGUUACAGUUGUUUAAUUCAUAUGGUUUUAGAGCGUUUGGAUUAUUAAUAAUCUCAUUAGAAGCACCAUUUUGCUGCAUGUUUGUUGAUUUUAUCGAGAAAAUCGCUGUAUUCUCUGAAUCUCGAAAAUAUUGGCAUAAAGCUGCUUUAUAUUGCAUACUAGCCAUAAACAUUUUCAGUAUGGGAAUAAUUCCAAUAAUAACUUGUGUUGAACUGAACACAGUACUUGGAAGUGGUACAAUUUUUGCAUCCGGUGUGGUUUAUGGUUUUAUGGCAUUGGGUAAGAAAGCAGAUCUUUCAGCGAUGGCUGGUGGUUCUACGGAUCCUGCAUGGAAUGCUAAUGUCAAUCAACAAACACCGGCAUCUUUUGGUAAUCCAUCAUUAGCAUGA